UCAAGAUACGAGUUACGAAGAUAAAUCAAAUGAGACUUGUGUUGCAAAAAUAGUUGCUUUUGCAACUUAAUUAAAACAAAGGGUUUUUUAAAGCAGUUUAUCAGUGCUCCAAUAUGUACUCUCGAUGCGGUAGCAGUGGUUCCAUUCAGAAUAUGCAUCAAACCCCAUCUUCAUCAAAUCAUAACUCAGAAGAUGAAGAUGACAGUGGGGACAACAAACCAUCAGCGCUAAGUUUUAAGGAAAGAAGGAGAGAAGCACACACCCAAGCUGAGCAAAAGAGAAGAGAUGCCAUCAAAAAAGGUUACGAUUCUUUGCAAGAGUUGGUUCCUACUUGUCAGCAGACAGAUGCAUCAGGAUAUAAACCUAGUAAAGCUGCUGUUCUACAAAAAUCCAUAGACUACAUACAAUACCUCUUGCAACAACGAAGACGUCAGGAAGAGGAACGUAAUGCGCUACGUAAAGAUGUUAUAGCAUUGAGAAUCAUGCAGGCUAACUAUGAGCAAAUUGUUAAAGCACAGCACUCAGUGCCUGGCCAGAGUGAACAGAGACUAACAGAUCAGGAUAAAUUUGAAGUGUUUCAGGGCAUAAUGGAUAAGUUAUUUGAAUCAUUUGAAUCAGUGCCAACAAAUAAUUUUGCUGAGUUCUCCGCUGGAGUGUUCAACUGGCUGGAAGAGUAUUGCAAACCUCAAUCAUUACGUACCCUAGUGCAUGGAGUGUUACGGGAACAAAAUUUUACCCCUUAAUAUUGAAAUCUAGUAAAAUUAAAAAUCAUA